AUGUUGAACCUGCUGCUGGAGACCCCUCUGGACAGCUCCCAGCAGGACUACGCGGAGACGGCGUGCAGCAGCGGGCGGGCGCUGUGUGCGCUGAUCAACGACAUUCUCGACCUCUCCAAGAUCGAGGCCGAGAAGCUCCGCCUCGAGCGCAUCCCCCUCAACCUGCGCGCCGAGCUCGACGACGUGUUAGCACUCUUUGUGGAGAGCGCUGAGGAGAAUCGAGCGGUGGAGCUCGGCGCGUUUGUGGCGGAUGAUGUGCCCGAGACGCUACUUGGGGACCCGCUUCGAGUGAAGCAGAUCCUCAUCAAUCUCAUCGGCAACGCCCUCAAGUUCACCACCAAGGGCCAUGUCUUCAUUGCUGUGCGCCUCGCAACCCCCACCGACAGCACCAACCAUGAUGCCGGUGCCCCCCCGUCGCUGCUCUCAGCUGCCUCCUCCACAUCCUCCUUGUCAACCCCAUCAUCACCAUCACCGCCAUCAUCACCAUCAUCACCCCUCUCCAAAGAAUCGCCCGCCAGGCGUCCCUCCCUUGCCAGUUGCUUCACCUGUGCAAACACCUGUAGGGGCGGGAAGGAUGCAGCUGAGGCAGAUGGGGCCACUGCUGAGGUAGAUGGGAGGAGCGGUGCUGCUGGUGGCGACAGUGAAACUCAUGAUGACGGUGACACUUGUGGCAGCAAUGGCACUCGUGUCAGCAAUGGCGCCAGUGCCGACGCUGGUACUCGUGACAUCGAUAACUCCGGUGCGGAUAGAGGCACUAUCGGUGGCAGCAGGCCUGUUGAGCGUGCUUCCUCUGACCCUGGGUGUCUGACACUGAGUGGCCGGCCAGCAGUGCAGUCGUGGUGUUCAUGGGAGGCCAUGAGGGAGCACAUGGACCUUGCUGCAGUGGGCAUGCCGAAUCGUACUUGUCAUGCCUGCCAUGGCAUCGUGCCUCCCGACCAGCCUGUGCGCCUGAUGGUGGCUGUGGAAGACACUGGUACGUACGACGACUGCACCUGUGAUCUCACCAUGCUAUGA